CCCACUCGGUGCUUAGUGCGCAUGUCUUGCGGAAGUUCUGAAAUAACAUUGUCAGUAGGUUUCAACUGUUCGCCUUAAUAACAAAGAAUCGACACUCUUUAUCUACGUAAAUUUUGAUGGAACGUAUCUAAAAUGAAAAGAAACAUCGAACCUCCGCGUUUAACAUCCAUCACAUCCCCAGUGGUGCUUAAUCCGUUUGUUCAUCGACUUCACCUCAGCAUAUUAGAUAUCAUACAGAUUGCCAUCAUGUCAGUUACAAUAGCUCCUUUACGCCUUCUCAUGGUGGGUCUUCUACUGCUGGCAGUUUGGCCCUUAGCUGCAAUCGCUAUAGCAUUUCGCUCACCAGAAGAUAGAAGCAAACCUUUGUCUGGUUGGAGACGGUCAUACGGCAGAUUACUACGAUUUGUUUUGCGGAUGAUCGUCUUCAUAUUCGGCUUUCGUGUCAAAGUGAAAGGAAAAAAGGCCAGGCCUGAUGAGGUCACCCUAAUGUGUGUUGCUCCACACAGCAGCUUCUUUGAUGGAAUGGUCUAUGUUAUUGGUGGUGAUGAUUUGCCAAGUAUGGUAUCUCGGGAGGAGAAUGUGACUAUUCCUCUGUUGGGACGUAUUAUUGAGUUCUCACAGCCAGUGUUGGUUAGGCGCGAAGAUCCAAAUUCUCGACUUUCAACCAUCAAAGAAAUACAACGCAGGAGUCAGUCAGGGGGGCAAUGGCCACAAAUCUUUAUCUUUCCAGAGGGCACUUGCACAAAUCGCUCCUGCCUUAUCACCUUCAAAGGAGGAGCAUUUAUCCCAGGUGUCCCUGUGCAGCCUGUUUGCUUAAGAUAUGGCAACAAGUUGGACACAAUAACAUGGACAUGGGAUGGUCCUGGAGCGUACCAGUGUCUGUGGUUUACAUUAUGCCAGUUUCAGAACCAUCUUGAAAUAGAGUUUUUGCCGGUGUAUAAACCAAAUCAACAGGAAAUUGAAAAUCCAAGAUUGUUUGCUGAAAAUGUUCGUGCUGUUAUGGCUGAAUGUCUCCAAAUUCCAGUGACAGAUCACACCUAUGAUGACUGCAGGCUGAUGAGGAGAGCAGAAGCUCUUCACUUGCCUAUGCAAGCAGGCAUUGUAGAGUUUCAGAAGUUAAAAAAGAAGCUGGGGUGGAACUUUGAGGACAUGCAAAGGCGCCUUGAUCAGUUUCGCUCCAUGGAUGUGAGGAAAGCUGGCAAUAUUACCCUUAGUGAGUUUGCAGCCUAUCUUCACCUUCCAGUUUCAUCUGCUGUUGAGGAGCUGUUUGCCUUGUAUGACAGGGAUGGAUCUGGCAGCAUAGACUUCCGUGAGUAUUUGAUAGGCCUGUCUUUGGUAUCUCAGCCCGCCAACACAGAGAACACCUUGCGCUUUGCUUUUGAGCUUUUUGACGAAGAAAAAACAGGUUACAUUCACAAGCAAAGUUUUAAGAGGAUACUGCAAAGUGCCUUCCAAAUUACUGAUGAGGAUACUGAUGCACUCUUUCAAAUGGCGGAUGCUGACAAGAAUAGCCUAAUCAGUUUUGAUGAAUUCAAGAACUGUGCACAGGAGCGGCCAGAGUAUGCCAAACUGUUGACAUCGUGUUAUGAGCUCAGCACCAGUAAUGGCCACAAGACAGAGAAUGGAAAGAAUGGAUUCGAUCCAGCUGAGGGAUGUGAGGGUGCUUGUCAGACCAGAUGGAAGCAAUUAGUGAAGUGACCACUAGGGUAGAAGACUGACCAUUAGGGUUGCCAAUACCGUGUAUGCUUCUUACCUCAUUCGACCUCUAACAAAAGUAUUUCACUCCUGUGAGGGCCACAAGUACUAGGUUACAGAUAAUGCAUAUGACCCACAUUUGCGCAAAGAUGUUGACAUACAUAUGAAUGAGUUUAUCAGAUUUUACUCAGUAAUAUUUUUUUCUUUUUUUUUUUCGAUAAAUUAUUUUCAUAAAACGGUAGCUUUAUACUUACUCUGUUUAUAAGGUCCUUAAAUAACAUAACUGUGAGUGAGCAUGUCUGCAUGUAGUCUGUAAUACUUGCUUAUAAUUCUUUUGAUAUAUUUUCAUAAAAUUGUUGCAGCAACUUGUUUGAAAACGUUCCUAAAAAGGAAUAAGGUUAUACAAAAGCAAAUCCAAUAUGAAAGAAGGGGAGAGAAAGAAUAUUUUAUAGAUCUGACAGUAACAAAUGCACAGGUGACUGUUUUCUAAUAAAAUUACCAAACUAUGUAAUUAUUUUAUUCUUAAAGGUACAAUGUCUUUCUCCACUUUGAAUAUGUGUUGAAAAUGAAAGUAUUAAAAAAGCUUAUGGCUUUAUGGAAAUGCUUACAGGCCAUCACCUUUGUUCGUCACUCGUAAUAAAUCCUUUUCAGAUCUGCAUUUUACUUAUUUUUAGACUAAUACCAUUGAGAAUAAGGUCAUGACAAAAAUAAUCGUCAAUGUAAAAUACUGUUGUUUUUUUCAACCUGAGGUUCUAAGGUAAUCUAUAUUUUGGUACAUAGGCAUUUAGUUUUUGAUGCUUCAUUUUUCUGGAAUGUACAUUAUUAUGAAGCAUAUUUUUUCCUUAAAACAUUGAUCAAAUCAGUGGCAACAGUAUUUGAGGAGAAGAGUAAAGACUCCACAGACAAAAUCAAAGUUGAUCACCAUCCAGGUUGCAGCACAGAGACACACAUAUAAUAAUGAAUUCUCUGCUCAUGGUUUAUUUGUACAAGCCUUUGUUUUUUCCACUGUCUGUUUAUGACUCAGUUUAUGAUUGCCUGUUAAAUUUAAAGCAGUUAUAGUUUUUUUUAUCUUUUUAAUUUGCAUUAUUAAUGUUUUUAUUAUAGUGAAACACUGUAUGUAUGUUUUAAAUUUGUUAUACAUGUUUCUCCAUAUGUAUGGAAACUUUUCAGGUUGGUUUUCAAUCUCAUAGGCUUUAUAUAGCUGUCAGUAUUUAAAAGCUGCAGAGUUUUUCUGUCAAGAAUAUUUCUCAUUUGUGGAAGAAGAAUAUCUACCGAUGGAGCUAAGGUAGCCGAGAAUAAAUAUGAGGAAAAAGAGAUUUAAUUUUUUUAUCCUUUAUCCUAUGAUUUCUUCUCUAGAUAUUACAUUUUGAUUCAGUAAAAUCUUUUUUUGUAUAGUCUCAAAUUCAGUUUUACAUGCUUUUUUGCCUUUUGCCUUAAGUUAAAAUGGCUUUAAGAACGUUCUUUAUGUGUGCAUCUGCAUGCACUAAGCUUAGCCUCUUGUGAAGUUCUCCACUGUUUGGGCGAGCCUAAGCAAGAAUGUGACUAAACCGGAAGCUUUGUACUCACCUGCCUCAUUUUAGUAGUUAACUGGAAAAAAAUUGUCUGCCAGCAGUCCAGAAAUACAACUUCAUGGUUUAAUUCACACUUGAACAGUAUCCUAAAUGUAGCUAUUAUUGUAAGAUAAAAAAUAAAUACUAAUAAAUAUUAAUGUUUAGCAGUUUAUAGUUGUAGUAGUUAAACUGAUGACACUGUUGAUUUCCAUUGCUGUGGAGAUAUUAGUAACCAUAGGCUGGGAGCACAGCCACACCCAUUGCUACAUCUGGAGGCUGAUGCCUUAACUCUUUGUUAAAAUGCUUUUGAAAUAUCAGCAUGUCUGUGCAUGCAGUCCUAGUUUUCUUUUUAUGUUGAUCAUUUUUGGUGCAUUUUAUAAAAACAAGAACUGACAAAUAAUACAGUAUUCUGUUUGUCCAAAUUUUAACUAAAGUUAGAGAACCCACCACUAAGAUUUAAAUAAAUCCAAGCAAGAGCAGGGUUGUAGCAGAUCAAUUAACAGCAACUCUAAUUUUCUGCAUCUGUACUUCUCAUUACAUGGUGGUUUUUCUCCCCCUCUUCCCAUCUUUUCCUGCCUUACCAACAAUUGUAGGUAACUAAUUUUAAUGGGCUUGCUAAUGGGGAUCACAGGGUGAUCGUACUGUUUUAAUAUGGAGCAAUGGGACUUACAUUCUUCUUGUCAGUUUUAUGCUUACACUGGAGAAUCCAUGCUGCAGUUUUCACAAUAUGUACACAGUUGUAGGAGAAUGCAUAUUGCAGUCUUCUGUCCUUUUU